AUGUCUUCACCGACUGGUCCUGAAUUAAGGAGCACCGUACACGGAGACGAGGCCUUGAAGGAAGAGGACAUCACCUGGAGAACAGAGCACCCAUACCAAAAGCCUUUGCAGGAUGAUGACUUCAAGGCGAAGUGGGAAGGAUCAUGCCACUGUGGAAGUAUCCAAUACCAGCUAGGUAGAGAGAAACCGCUGUCCUCGAAAUAUUGUCACUGCGUUGAUUGCCAGAGGAUGCACGCGGCCCCAUUCCAGUGGGCCGCCAUCUUUCACAAGUCCGACUUCCGCUUCCAGAAUGGCGCUCAGGGAUUGAACUUUUAUUCCCCUUCUCUGCGGCGGCCUCUCCAUGACCUACCUUGCAAGGUGUACUGCGAGACGUGCCACACUCCUAUCAUGGAUGAGGGAAGGCGGAUGGUCAUGCUUUUCCCUGAGCUUCUGAAGGGCAUCCACUCUGAUAGGGGGAAGAAGGCGUUCAAAGUCGCAGACCACAUCUGCUGGGGUGGUCGGGUCGUGGACGAAGGCGUGUUCGAGGGAGACGGCGUCAGGAAAUGGAAGGGAGUCGACAAGCAAAGCGAGUUGCUUGAUGACGGUCACGGUGGGAAGUCAUAG